GUACCGGAAAAUCAGGACGACCCGAAGUGUCCGACCCGGCCGAAGACACCCCGGCCGCAUUUUUUCACAGACGUGGAGCGAUUUUGGCGCCGCGGGAGCCCGCGGUCUCGGAUCCUUUCAGGAGCAAACAUCGUCUCGGGGGCGUGUUUCCUCUAAAUCGUGUUUUACAUUACACAGGACCGAGCAGAUGGAUACCACUUCCUGAUUCAGGGAUCGUCCCCAUCCAACCAAUUGAACAGAAAGGUCAAGGUGCUACAGAGCAAGGUUUGUAUAUUUUGAAGGGGUCCCUUAGAAAAAAUGGGAAGCAGGUGCCGAUUUUUGAAACGCUGGUUAGACCUCGGAAAACUGUGGCUUCUGGCAUCGGUGUACGGCCUGGCUCUCGCGCCUGCGGGUGACUGCAGCAAUACAUCGGCAACUCUACCGAACAUCAUCUUCAUCCUGGCUGAUGACUUCGGUUUCCAUGACGUCGGUUACCAUGGUUCCGCAAUUAAGACUCCGUGGCUGGACAAACUUGCCGCUGAGGGCGUGAAGCUGGAGAAUUACUAUGUCCAGCCGAUUUGCACCCCGACGAGAAGUCAACUGAUGAGCGGUCGAUACCAGAUUCACACCGGUCUUGAGCAUCGGUCGUUCCAUGCAGUCCAGCCAGACUGCCUCCCUCUAGAAGACCCGACCCUCGCCAAUAAACUCAAGGAGCUCGGCUACGCCACGCACGCAGUCGGCAAAUGGCAUCUUGGCUUCUACAAGAAAGACUGCUGGCCCACCAGGCGUGGCUUUGAUACCUUCUUUGGUUAUCUCGGAGGGAGCGAAGACUAUUACACGCACAUUUACAAGUGCGACAUGCCAGGGUUCAAUUGCAGUCAAUUGGAACCUGGGUACGAUUUCAGGGAUCAGGAGGAACUUGCUCCCAAGUACACUGGACAAUAUUCAACCCACCUCUUAGCAGAGCGAGCCCAGCACAUUUUGGAAAACAGUCAGCCUAACAAACCAAUCUUCCUGUACCUACCUUUCCAAGCGCCACACAUUCCCCUGGAGGUACCCGACCAGUAUUUGAAGCCAUACCGAGAAGUCCAGGAUCACGACCGACGAGUAUACUCUGGCAUGGUGGCCUGUAUGGACGAGGCUAUCGGGAACAUCACGCAGAAAAUGACGGAGCUGGGAUUGUGGGAAAACACAGUGCUGAUCUUCUCAACAGACAAUGGUGGCGAACCUAUUUUUGGAGGAGGGUACAACUGGCCUCUGCGAGGCGUGAAAGGCACCCUCUGGGAAGGAGGUAUCCACGGUGUAGGCUUCGUCUACAGCCCACUCAUACCAGACGCCAUGCGGGGUACCAGCAACACGCAGUUGAUACACGUCAGCGACUGGUUCCCAACCCUUGUAGCUGGGCUUGCCGGAGGCAGUCUGGAGGGUCUGCAACUAGACGGUUUCAAUGUUUGGAAUACCAUCAGUCUAGGAUCACCCUCUCCAAGAACGGAAAUCCUGCACAAUAUCGACCCUCUGACCCAGACAUACAUGUCAAUCAUUAACUGGUCACUCGAAGGGAACCAGACUAAGGACGAUGACUUUUUCACCCCAUCUGGUGCGUUCAACACCACUAUCAGGGCUGCUAUACGUGUUGGGGAUUGGAAACUCCUAACUGGAAAUCCAGGUGUGACUUAGGCCUACACUGAUUUCAUUGGCUGUCGUUGGUGGAUUAAGGGAAAUCUCUAAUAGAUAGGUUGGAUUCAGAGUAUUUAGGGCCCGUGAUGAGUUUUACAUCGCGACGAAGGUUUUUUCUUUUCCCUUUUUUGGCGCAAGUAUAUGCAAAUCAACUAUGCAACUGUAUUAUAUAUUCGUAUUAAGAACGAAUAGCACAAGCACGACCAGGCCUAUUGCAUUGCUGUUUGGAAAAACUUAACACGUAUUGUACAGGCUGUCACGCUAUUCGUAGACCUUACCAAGAUUUCUGAGAAAGUUGCAGGUACAUGUUUUAAAACCUGACAUCCACACUCAAAGGUCACAAGAUCCAUGGCAAAGGUUCCAAAAAGUGACUGAGAAAGUGUUGAUAGA